AUAAUAAAAAUUCUCGGUGACCCCCGGAAGUAACCCAGCAGGGCCGGACACGAGACGGAGCGAAUUCGCGAGUUCUACGAACUGCGCGCGGGUUUCGUCUCCAAGUUGCAUCCGUUCCUGGUGCCCUCAGGUCCGCAGAGUCGCGAUGCCCAAGGUGAAGAGGAGCCGGAAGCCGCCGCCCGAUGGCUGGGAGCUGAUCGAGCCCACGCUGGACGAGCUGGACCAGAAGAUGAGGGAAGCUGAGACGGAGCCGCACGAAGGGAAGCGGAAGGUGGAGGCGCUGUGGCCGAUCUUCCGGAUCCACCACCAGAAGUCCCGCUACAUCUUUGACCUCUUCUACAAGAGGCACGCCAUCAGCAGAGAGCUGUACGAUUACUGCGUGAAGGAGGGCUACGCCGACGCCAGUCUCAUCGCCAAGUGGAAGAAGCCGGGCUACGAGAACCUCUGCUGCCUGCGCUGCAUCCAAACGCGCGACACAAACUUCGGCACCAACUGCAUCUGCCGCGUCCCCAAGGCCAAGCUGGAGGAGGGCAAGAUCGUCGAGUGCGUUCACUGCGGGUGUCGGGGCUGCUCCGGAUGAGGUCUCGGGCACCGUUAUCCCUCCCUGCCCACACUCCUUCUGCCCUCCGUGCACCCCACACAUCUUUUUGUUUUUUGUUAUUUUCUGACAAUGUAGGAAAUUCCUUUUGCAUUGUUUUUCUUCUUACUUGGCGCUCACCUGCUAUUUACAUGCGAAAGCCCAGUUUGCCUUGGUCCAGUGAACCGGGAGCUGCGAAAUUUAAGGUGGGAGGGGGGGGCAGUGUCCUUGGGGGAAGAAAAAAAACCCAACGAUGAUCCACAAACGCUCAUUGUACAGAGAGAGGGGCUGGUUGGGUUGAGCGGGAGGAGAAAAGUUGGCCAACCGUGUGAAUUAUCAAAUGCGUUCAGAAUUGAGCGUGUACAUUUUUUAAAUAAUAAAACGUGGUUCAUCGAUUGUUUAAAUGAAGCCAGCAUGAGUUAUGUUUAAAAAAUAACAAUGAUUUGUCACAUUUUUCCAAGAUACUCCACAAAAUAAAAAAUGUGCUGCCCUUUGUCAAUCAGCUGACCAAUGAAAGGUGCCUUCUCUAUGACGUUUCGUUCACGGGGGCUUGAACCAUACUUCACCAUACUGGUCGCUGUGGGAUUUGGUGGAUUGGGAGGGGGGGGGUGGAUGGAUGGCCCAGGACUGGCUCGGGUCUAACUUCACUGAUAUCAGUGACGGUCGCCGGAGAUCAAACUCGGGUCGCCAGGUUCAUAGCGUACUGCGCUAACUGCUGCACCACCGCUCCCAAAGCGUGGUGGUUUAUGAAUAUAACUGACGUAGAGUCAUCAUCGCCUCUGGUGAACUUUAGCAGUUGUAGUCGUGUAGGGACAGAUAUCAUUUGCUGACUUGCAUCUGCAUUGUACAGUUAGCAUUGCAAUAAUUCAGAACCGAUUCUGCAUGGCAUAGCUGGCAUGGGGACUCAACGCGACAAGGGACGGUGGACAUUGGCUGGGGCUAGCGACGGGAGUGGCAACCCAAGGAGCGAUCCGCGCUCCCGAGGACGGCUACCACGGAGAUGGAGCGGAUGAGUUGAGCCCGUGCGCACCGAUGGGGUUGCUGUUUUGCGAGACCGAGAGAAGGUGACGACUUCAGGGGGUGGUGGGGGCGAUCUUUAUCCAGCAGUAGAUAGAUGAUGGCUGGCUAUGCUAUCUCUGUUGUGGGUAAUUGUUCCACGUUGUGGACCUUGGUAGAGCGUGGAUGUUCACGGUGCGUCUCUGUGCCAGGUGUGGAACGACGCAUCCGUAUUGGUUAGGGAUGUCUUGCAGAUUAUUUUUUCGUAUUAAUUUCAAGUACCAGUUUUGGAUAUAAAAAUCGUGGCCUAGACGUACAAAAUUUAUGCUCAAAAAAAUAUUGAAUCGAUCCGAAAACAUGACCGUUACAGGAAGUGGCAUCACUUCCACGUUGCAAGUUGAAAAAAUAUUGCUAAAUCGAGAUGUGAUGUAGAAUCGGAAUCUGCUGCCGUCACUUUUGCAAGCGCGAAGACAGGAUACAUUGGUGCGGAACGCGAAUAAUCUGAUUGGCCAUGAAAAAUCCAAAACACUUUAAACGGGGGAAACCGUCCUUUAUCGCUCAGCUCACGGUAACGUGCGUCUGUCUGAACAGCGUGCUUCAGAUUCGACGUUUGAACCCACGAUCAACAAACUAAACGACUGUUUUUGAUUUGACCACGUAAGGUCUACUGAGCUGUAUAGCUCUUCAGAAGUGACCUGGCCACAACUGAUAGCUCAACGAAGUGGCUUUUCACUGUGGAAAUUUUUGCAGACAUACUCAAUGCACGUUGAUUCUAAACGCCGAAGGGAAAACCGGAGGACCCGGAGAAAACUCCACGUGAUCACGGGUAGAGAGGCUCCAAAUAUACAGCAGGCGUCGGGGUCGGGACCGAACCCACGAACCUCCUGCAUACUAGGCGAGGGAGUUAACAUCUCCUAGCCACCGUGGCGCCACCACUACCCCGCAUCUCGCCCCGCACCGCAGGAGAUAUCUGCAUGAUCGUGACGUGGGCUUCCCCCCCACCGCCACUCCUCUCUGCAGGGCUUGAUGCAAACACAGACCACCAUCAAUCCCCCUGUGAUGCUUAUUGCCUCAUCAUUCAAUUACAGAGUCCGGCCCAGAGGCACGCCUGUGUUUGUUGUGUGUGUGUGUGCGUGCGCGCGCGGUUUUUGUAAUCGUUAUUUCGAUAUGAACGAUGCGUUCCCGUGUCAUGGUUAAAGCUGGACAAAAUAAAAGAUAAAUUGCCCAUCCCAA